GUGCCAGUUGAUAUGUUCCCUCACACGUACCACUGCGAGGCGAUGCUUCUGCUCGACCGCGAGCCGCUGGACGCUGUAUUCGACCAAUCCUGGCCUGGGUCCCCGACAGCCCCUACACCAUCGCUGGGGGACUCAUCGGUGGCACCUGAUGCU